AUGGCAUCUUUAAAGGAAAAAAUUAAAGCUAAGCUUGGCAGAAAGAAACUGGCAACGCCCCCGGUCAGCGAAGCCUCAUCUACCUCCGCUACUCCACAUGCAUCAGCCGUUCCUGAUCCUGCCGCGUCUCCGUCCGGCUUGCCAGAGCGACUAUGGAACCAAGCAUACGACCAGGCAAACGCCGUUGACUCGAGUACCGUUAAUGCAUACGAGACGAUUCUGUCCGCCCGAUUGAUCUGGAAAGAUGCAGACCCGGCAGACUCCUCACAAACUGCAGACCUCGCGUUGCAGCAGAACAAGAUUGAGCAAGAUCCAGACAAGCGGCGGACGCAGAUGCGCCGGCUUGUCCAAGACGGCUUGCGCAGGACGGAAAAGGACGCUCAGGUGAAGCAGGGCAUGGAAGACGGCAUCCAGGCCGCCAUGGCCGUGAAGGAGGUUGUUGACAGUGCGGUGCAGGCGUCGCCGCAAGCGGCUCUCGCCUGGGUUGGCGUGUGCUUUGCGCUCGAGAUCCUAAUGAACCCGCUCACCCAGGCGAGCUCUAACCGGCAAGGUAUCACCUAUGUUGUGUCGAGGAUGGACUGGUACUGGAAUCUGUCAAGUCUGCUGCUGGAUGAGAACACGACCGAAGCGCACUCGCAAGGCCUGCGAGGUGAGCUUGAGAAGAACAUCAUCCAGCUCUACGCAAAACUCCUGUUGUACCAGAUGAAGAGCGUGUGUUACUAUCAUCGACGACGGCUAUCUAUAUUAGCGCGGGACCUAGUCAAGCUGGAAAAUUGGGACGGCGAGCUGAGCGACAUACAAGCGGCAGAGGCAGCAGUGCAAAAGGACUCAGCGCAGUACAACACAGUCUCGAUCCGGACUCGGCUUGGUGCUAUUGCUGAGACGGCCAAGUCGCACAAUGCUAAGCUCGACAGCAUCAGCUCAGCAAUUCAGGAUCAGACCAGGCGGCAGGAGAGAAUGCACGAGACCAACGCGGACAAUAAGUGCCUAAGAGACCUGUGCAGCACUAAUCCUCGCGACGACAAGAAGCGCAUCGAAGAGACCAAGGGCGGCCUGCUCAAGGACUCGUACCGCUGGGUCCUUGAAAACUCUGACUUCCAACAAUGGCGCGAUGAUCCCCAGAGCCGGCUGCUGUGGGUUAAAGCCGAUCCUGGAAAGGGCAAGACGAUGCUGCUAUGCGGGAUCAUUGAUGAGCUGCAGAAGUCGAUGGGCGCAACAGGUCUUCUUUCGCACUUCUUUUGCCAGGCCAACGACCCGCGCAUCAACAGCGCCACAGCUGUGCUGCGAGGCUUGGUGUACUUGCUCAUCAAACAACAGCCAUUGCUAAUCUCGCAUGUGCGGAAGAAGUACGACCAUACAGGCAAAGCGCUAUUCGAGGAUGCAAACGCCUGGGUUGCCUUGACCGAGAUCUUCACAAACAUGCUGCAUGACCCCAAUUUAAAUAGGACGUACCUCAUUAUCGACGCGCUCGACGAAUGCGUUGCAGACUUACCAAGGCUGCUAAAAUUUAUUGCCGAGCAGUCGUCUAUAUUAUCUCGCGUCAAGUGGAUUGUCUCAAGCCGCAACUGGCAGGAAAUUGAGGAACGUCUCGAAGUGGCGGGACACAAGGUGAAACUGUCACUUGAGCUCAACGCAGCAUCUGUGUCUACGGCUGUCGGCAUAUUCAUUAAGCACAAAGUGCUUCAGCUGGCAGAACGGAAGAUGUACAACGAGCGAACGCGAACUGCUGUGCUGGACUACCUUUCCUCAAAUGCGAACGACACCUUCCUCUGGGUAGCGUUGGUGUGUCAAAAUCUUGAGAAAAUUUCCCGAUUAGACACUGUUGCAAGACUUAACGAAUUUCCACCUGGCCUUGACCCUGUUUACAUGCGGAUGAUGCAACAGAUAAGCAACUCGUACAACGCAGAUCGCUGUAAACAGAUCCUUGGCUCGAUCGCGAUAGUAUACCGACCGAUCACACUGCAAGAGCUUACUUCUCUUGUGGAGACACUUGAAGAUAUAGCUGACGACCCAGAGUCGAUAAGGGAGAUCAUUGGCCUUUGUGGCUCGUUUCUUUUUCUGCGAGAGAACACGGUUUACCUUGUGCAUCAGUCGGCAAAGGACUUCCUAUUAUCCAAGGCAUUUAGUGAAAUCUUUCCGUCUGGAAUAGAAGAGGCUCACUAUGUAAUCUUCUCGAGAUCUCUCCAGGUCAUGUCUAGGACGCUUCGACGAGACAUUUACAGCUUACGUGCGUUAGGAUAUCCUAUCGAGCAGGUUAAACAGCCAAACCCAGACCCAUUAGCAGCGUCACGCUACUCGUGUAUCUACUGGGUCAAUCAUCUCUGCAACUGGAAUCCCAACUUGUCGGCAAAUCACGGAAUCAGCCUGCAGGAUGGAGGCGCUGUUCACGAAUUCGUAAGAAAGAAAUACCUUUACUGGCUUGAGGCGCUUAGCCUGUGUAAAAGCAUGUCAAAGGGAGUAGUUUCAAUAGCGAAACUUGAGGCCGUAAUUCAGGGAAGAGCAAAUGCAUCUGCAUUAAUUGAACUAGUUCAAGAUGCGCGUCGAUUUAUUACGUAUCACAAGUGGGCAAUAGAGAGCAGUCCUCUUCAGGCAUAUGCGUCUGCAAUUGUCUUUAGUCCAGCUCACAGCCUAAUAAGGGGUCUUUUUAAGAAGGAAGAGCUAAAGUGGAUAACGAUAAAGCCUAUAGAAGAUGAAUGGGGCGCGUGCCUGCAGACGCUCGAGGGCCAUAGCGACCGGGUCUACUCAGUGGCCUUCUCUCACAACUCGACGCGGCUGGCGUCAGCGUCACGCGACAACACAGUCAAGAUAUGGGAUGCGAGUAGCGGCGAGUGCCUGCAGACGCUCGAGGGCCAUAGUAGC